UUUAAACUGGCAGUUGUUGUUAUCAUCCACCGGCUGAUAUAGAAAUUUGCUAGAGCGCCUCAGCUGCCAUGUCUUUGCCUCCAGAAAAAGCUUCGGAGCUGAAGCAAAUCAUUCACAACCAUCUGCUCAAGAUGGACAUCCAUGGGAAGAUCCGAGAGGUGCUGGCUGAAACUAUGAGGAAUGACCAAGGCUCUACACAUCGAUCUCUGUCUGAGGCAGAUUUCCUGCAUGCUCUACAGCGCAGGGGUAUCAUUGACGAUGUGAUGAAGGAUCUACAUUUUAUCCAGGAAGUACCCACAGAUGCAGAAACAGGAUCUCCUCCAAAGCCGGCGACUCACUUUGUUGACAAGAAUAUCACUCAGCUGAAAAAAACCAAUAUUGACCCGUCCAGGCGGUACCUGUAUCUCCAAGUGCUCGGUGGUAAGGCUUUUCUGGAGCACCUCCAGGAGCCGGAGCCUCUACCUGGUCAGGUGUGUUCUACAUUUACGCUCUACCUGCACUUCCGCAGCCAGAGGUUCCGCUCCAAGCCAGUGCCAUGUGCCUGCGAACCUGACCUGAAGGAAGGCUUCCUCUUAGAAAUCCACAAAGACGGCACAGGAGAAGGCAGUAAAAUGGCGGACGCAACCACCAUGCUGUCUUUGUGUGACCCAGUUCACUUGGUGCUGAUCAAGACGGACACCUCGAGUGAGACAACACUGGUCUCAUCCUAUUUCUUGGACUGGAGGACAGUCCUCAGCUCGCCCAGUGGGAGGACCUGCUUUGCUGUGGAACUGAUGGGAGUCGGAAGUGAGAGUAAAGUCCCAGCUGGUGUUUUGACUGUCAGUCUGGAGCUCUAUCCUCCGCUCACAGAGACUCUGAGCACCGACAUCAUCAGCACACAGCAAUCACUGGAGAGGCAGAGGACGGCAGAGAAGGAGAGACUCUUCCUGGUUUAUGCCAAACAGUGGUGGAGGGAGUUCCUAGAGAUACGUCCGUCCCACCAGUCCAAAAUGGUCAAGAUCUUUGCACAGGAUGAGAAUGGCGUUAACCGGCCAGUGUGUUCUUACGUGCGUGUCCUGCGUGCGGGCCGGCUGCUGGAGAGCCCUCGACAGGCGGCCCGCUUCGUCAGCCUGCUGGCACACGAGAAGGCCCCGGUGGUGGGAGGAGGAGGAGGCAAGCAGGAGCAGUGGUGCACAUUAAUGGCUUUCCUGUGCAGAGGGAAGGGGGACUGUGAGGACCACGCCACCCUGCUGUGCAGCCUCCUGCUGGGCUUUGGCCUGGAUGCGUACGUGUGUGUGGGCACCAAAGCCAAGGGAACGCCCCACACAUGGGUCCUCACCCGCGGUACUGAUGGGAGCAUCACCUUCUGGGAGAGUCUGACAGCACAUAGAUACCUGCACCAGGCUAUAGAUCCAGAUGCCCCGCCCCUGGCCCCACAGCCGAAACCCUCUUCCCCCUACCGCACUGUGGGCUGUGUCUUCAACCACCAGACCUUCCUCGCCAACUGCCAGCCCACUGAUGCUGUGGAGCUCUGCGUCUUUGACUUCGAGAAUCAGUCCCGGUGGAAGACGAUGAGCGAAGAGGCUCUGAAGUCUGUCUGCGCCCCAGGCUCCACCACCUCUUUGCCCCCUCUGCCCCCACUCUGUGCCCCGUCUUUGGAUCCUGCUGCUGCCAGCAACCAGCUGGAGCUCGAGAUGCGCUACCUGGUUUCUGAGCACAGGAAGGACCUGGAACUUGCGACAGUAUGGGACGACCACCUGUCUUACCUGCUGUCCUCGGCACUCUCAGCCUAUGAGCUGGAGCGCUGCACCGGCGUCUCCUGUGGCAACGAGGAGUUCCAGGAUGCAGUGAGGAGGGCGGUGCCAGACGGACACACCUUCAAAGGCUUCCCCAUCCACUUCCUGCACCGCAAUGCUCGUAGAGCUUUUGCCACCUGCCUCAAGUCUCCAUUUUGUGAGGAGAUUGUAUGUUGUCGUGGUGACCAUGUGAGGCUUGCGGUCCGCGUCCGUGUGUUUGCCUAUCCUGAGAAUGCGUGUGCGGUGUGGCUCAUGUUUGCAUGUAAAUACCGCUCCGUACUCUGACCAUCGGACAGGAGGUACCCAAAAACAGUUUAUGUUGCACAUGGAUCCUGGACAAUAUUUUAUAUCUAUGGAACAACACCACAGACCUAGUUAUACUGGGACCCACAAUGAGACUGGAUUGUGCUCAGUGACGUGAGCACAGACCUUUAUUUUCAUGUCCAAUAGACUCUUUAUAUGUACAGACAUUUACACUCAAAAUUGUAUUUAUAUAUCUAUUUUUGUAAAUAAAUGGAACCUUUUUAAUCUUACUGUGUAGUUUUUAGAGGACUCAUUGAAGACAUUUCCCAAGAAUAAUAGUUUACAAGAUUCAUUUAAAUAGCAAUAACGCUAAUUUAACUCUUCUAGAUAUUCCUUUAAUGUAAUUGCAAAAAUAGUAACA